UAUACAUGAAGUAUCAAAGUGAAGUAUUGUCCGACCUGGGAACCCAGGUAAGACAAUUCUUUGCGUACAUUCAAUAGAAGCAUUCAAUGCGAAUUGUCUAAUAUAUAAUUAUUUUAAAUAGGUAUCGUUUCAUAUAUUGCUUUUUAUGAUUUUGCAUUCAAAAUCUUUAAACUUUUUCAUUAAACGUAAAACAAUGUUAUGCCAAAAAAAAAAUCGAAUAUGACGUUUACUUUGAUAAAUGAAAUAAAACAAAGUGCCAAAAUAGUGUAAAACGUAGUGAUUAUAUUCUCUUUGAAAAAGUGCUAUAAAAUUACGAGAGAUAAACUUCAUAGUUCAAAUAUGAGCAGCAAACAAUCUAUAGAAAUGAAGAUCAGGCCUCUCGCGCCAGAAGAUAAACCUAAUUCUAAUAUAAAUGAAGAAAGUCAGAAGGGGACUUCAGUUGGCACCUACAGUGGACUGCGGAUCGGAAGCAUUCUUCGCAUGUGGGCUGAAGUGUCCAGGAUCAACUACUUAUCUACACAGCCCUUGGACGUUAUUACUUCAGGUCAAAGCAUACUAAGACGACGCAGCAUUGGUUUGCCUGCAAAAGAAUAUUCAAUACAGUAUUUUGUUCCCUCAGAACUGCGUAAUAAAAGUGAAGAGGAUUUGUUCGCCGAACAAUUUCCCAUUAAUGUGACUCCUCUAAUGAACGAGGACCAGUUGUGGGGGUGUUUUUACAUAUUCCCGGAGUUGUACUCGGACGUGUACUCUCCUGUAGUCCGGAUCCGCGACAUUCAAGAUGUUCCGGAGCUCGUGGGCGGGGUGCUCACUCGAGACGCGGUCACUCCAUGUCUCUCUUAUUUGAAACGUACUCCGAUAUUGGGCGACUUCGUUUAUAUAAAAUUGGAUCUUUCCUCAAAGCACUUGAUCAAUAUCGACGUAUUACAACACUACAAGUAUUUGGUAUAUUUGGAUUUAUCAUCAAACUUGUUGACGGACAUAAGCGUGUUAACUCACUUACCGUACUUGCAGUUUCUAUCCGUGGCCUUUAACAGGCUAAGCACAGUUUUGGAAUACCCUAAUCCUCAAUGGUUUUUGACGGAAGUCCAUUAUAAAUUCAAUUCGGUGAAGAGAAUAAGGGAUCUGAGUUUAUUCUGGUCUAUCACUAUACUUGACUUAUCGCAUAACAACAUCAAGUGUAUUAGCGGGCUUGAAAAUUUGAGGUACUUACGACGCUUGGACCUAUCGUUCAAUCAUAUCCAACGCCUAGAGAAUUUGAACCACUUGCGUCUACUUUGGUUGGACGUGUCAUACAAUAACAUUUCAAGCUUCGAAUUUAAUUCAUGCUCUGGACUUUGGACUUUACUUCAUCUUGAGUAUCUCAAUUUAAAUGAAAAUAACCUCGUUUCUUUAAGAAUGUUUUCGGGAUGCACAAGAUUGAGGGAGUUGCACGCUAGAAACAACCGUCUGAGCAUGCUCCUAGAACUUGCAGUGUACAUGCGGCAAAUGCGACGGCUGAUCGUAUUAGACUUGCGUGCCAAUCCUAUUUGUUCAACGCCUGGAUACAAAGACGUUAUAAUCAAUACGUUUCCUAUCUUGAUGUGUUUGGAUGCUGAACAACUAGAUCCAGUAGAGCAGUGGAAACAACUCUGCAUUACCAAGCCAUGUUGUGUACAUUCUAAGGAUGGCAAUGCGUCGAGACCAGCCUCUCUUCUCUUUCGAACUUCAAAAAUGGAUAUGAACCCAGACGUGAACACUUUUGCGACUCGCCGACUCCUGCGUUUGUUGUACAUUGAACAACUGUCGAGGGCUCGUGUUUCCCCGCACAUUCCGCCAGCUGAUAGCACUGAAGUGCCCAUAGUGGUUCUUGUGGGAUACGAAGCCGUCGGCAAAGGUACUUUGGCCCGUCGUCUUGCAAGUGAAUGUAGGGCAAACAUAGCACUUGCCUGCCAACACACGACCGCACCCUACCACUACCCAGGCCACUACAGGGAAAUAACCAGAAGCAAGUUCGAUGAUAUGCUACUCGCUGGAGAGUUACUCACCUACUGCGAAAUGGAUGGCGAAUCUUAUGGGCUAAGCCGCGAAGAAGCUUUCAUAAAGGACGGCAAAGUGAAGAUUGUAAGCAUGGAUUUACUCGGAGCUUUGAUGCUAAAAUUACGCGGACGUCGGCCAUAUUUGAUUCUGGCUUCGUGCGAAGAUAAAAAGGCUUUAGCUCAAAGACAACAGUACAGAAAAAAGGCUCGUAAUAUGGCUAAUCAGCGAAGAAUAUCUUUAGAAACCCCAUUGGAAAGGUCGACGCUGCAAGUUCUUCUUUCCGGCCGUAUUAUUAUCACUGGAAUACUUAAUGAGAUACUCUUGUCUUUACCAGAAGAGAAGGAACAAAGUGAGUUCAUGAUAGAGUCUGAAUGUUCGCUCAUGAUGGACAGCGAUGCUCGGCAAGCAGUUCGAGACUUUGCUAAGGGAGUUAAUAUUUUAACGCUAUUAGCUUCAAGCGCAACAUCUUUAGAAGAAGCUUGUAAGCGGUCUCAAGACAAAAACAGCCAAAUGGAGCCUAGUUUGUAUUCUCUAUACAAAGAGUCGCAGGGCACUGAUGAAUACGUAAGCUACGCAAAUGGACAAAAUUCAUAUCAAGAGCGUAAUCAGGCCAAGAAAUCCAAUGAUGGCCGUCAAUCUAAAACAAAACAAGAUAAACAUUCAAGCUUCUCUCAUCCCAAGAGCGUUGAUUUUAGUAGAUACGCGUCUUCUACUUGGAAAGGUUUUUCCGUCGCACCGGAUGGUUCGAAGUCAUCGAAAUCGGUGACAUUUACAUCUCAAGAUAACGACGGAGAAAAUCAAGAUCCCUUAGGAAUGCUGAUUGAACCUCGAGCAGAGAAAGAUGGAGAAAAAUCAAAGGCGAUACGAUCUAUCAGUACAAGAAUCCCGUGGCCACGUGGGUUGUCAAGGCUAGGCUCUGGCGGAUCUCUGGACGACCAAGACCUCUGGCUGGCGUUCCUCACCGAGACUGGAUUGGUGCAAAGUAGCGACGUCGCGACCUCAUCACUUACUGAUACAGUAAAUCGGCUCGACACAAAAAUAGACAGUCCAGAUUCCAUCAUACAACAAAUGGAUUACUACCAUAAAACAUCCACCGAAUCCGACUCUACGACUAUAAGAGAUGAUUAUGAAGAAAUACAUCGCAAAUCUCCGGGGAUGUUCUGGGAUUCGGUUUAUAUGGAUGAUCCAGAAGAGGCUUUCAUCAAAGUGAAACGGAUAAUACGAGAAAUAGUUGAAUCGCAAGUAAACAUAAAACCAAUGUUCGACAUCGAUUUUGCCAAUUUGAAUCAUUACCCAAACAUUGAGAAAAGAUUGAUUGACAUACGAAAUCAGAUAGCACCACAGAGACUGUUCUAUUAAUUAUUACCAUUCUUAUUCUAUAAUACAGUAAAAAUGUAUUUAUCA